UUGAAAUUAAAAUACAAUAUGCUGCACUUCAAUUAGAUGCUGUAAUUCAAUUAUGCGAGUUGCAAACGGAUCCAUUAUUAUCUACAAAAAAGAUUGACGUAUACUUUUGGAAAAAAUUAUCUGUUGUGAAAUAUCCACUUUUACGAGAGUUUGCAUUAAAAAUGUUAUCCAUGUUUGGAACUACUUACAUUU